AUGUAUCUUGAUAAGAUAGGUAUAAUUCAUAAAAGAUUUAAAGACAAUUUUCCAGGACCAGAUUUUGUACAGAGCUUCCUAUUAAGACACAAAAAUGAGAUUUCCCAAAGAGUUUGUGAAAAUAUCAAGCGUGUGAGAGCUAAGGUAUCUCCAGAUACGAUUAAAGAAUAUUUUACAGAACUUGAGAAGUCUUUAAAUGGUGUACCUGCUUCUAACAUCUUAAAUUACGACGAAACAAAUUUGACGGACGACCCUGGGCGGAAAAAAAUACUAAUCAAACGGGGAUGCAAGUACCCUGAAAGAGUUCUGAACCAUACCAAGGCUUCCGUGUCUAUUAUGAUGGCUGGUACCGCAGAUGGUAAAAUGUUACCACCAUAUGUGGUAUACAAGGCAACUCAUUUAUAUGAUUCUUGGAUCCAACACGGCCCAGAGGGUACUCGAUAUAAUAGGUCGACAUCUGUAUGGUUUGAUGGAACCACUUUUGAGGAUUGGGUACAAAAUAUGGUGGUUCCUUAUUUUAAGAAUUUACCAGGUAGAAAGUGCUUAAUUGGAGACAAUUUGUCUUCACAUUUAUCAGCAGACUUGAUCCAAACAUGUAAAGCGCACAACAUCGAUUUUGUGUUUUUACCAGCCAACUCAACUCACCUGACGCAACCUCUGGACGUGGCAUUUUUCCGUCCAAUGAAGCGAGCCUGGAGGCAAUUAUUAUUAAAAUGGAAAAAGACAGAUGGUCGACAAUUACCCACAAUUCCAAAAGGUUGCUUUCCAAAAUUAUUGAAAUUAUUAAUUGAUGAACUGCAAAUAAAUGCUUCAAAGAAUAUCAUUGCUGGAUUUAAGAAAACAGGAAUUAGCCCUUUAAAUGCAACUGAAAUAUUAGCCAGACUUCCCGGCGAGGACUUAGGUGAAGACCAUGAAAGUGCUGUAGAAGAUUCUGUUCUAACACUCCUCAAAGAAAUGAGAUAUGGUUCAAUGAACAUUGUAGAACCAAAAAGAAAGAGAAAACUCAAUGUACUCCCAGGUAAAAGUGUCGCUCCAGAAGAAAUUGAAGACUAUGCAGAAACUGAUGUUGAUAACAGUAUGGCAAAUCCUAAAAAAACAAAAUACGAUACUAGCAUCAGUGGUCCAUCAGGUUUAAACAAUAAAAAUAAAGGAAAAGCUAAAAAAUCUAUAAUUACAAACAUGAAACUAUUACCAAUUGAAGAAAAAGAAAAUUGCCCUAAUAAAAUAGAACCUUAUAAAGGAAAAGGCAAACGGAUUGGAAAAAAAACGAAAACAUCCUAUUUGGAAACAAAAGAAGAAGUAAUCUUCAAAAAAAAUAUAGAAAACAAUGAGACUAAAGGAAAAGCUAUCGAGGAUAUUACUAAAAAAUCUAAAACAGAAGACAAGGGCAAUAAUGAUAACAAUAAAGAAUGGAAAGAAGUAUACCAUAACAACUCAGAACAAUCAAAAUGCGGAAAUACAAGUCAGAAAGAUUACGAUUACGUUAACGUUACGGCUUACGAAAAUUAUGAUAAUAAUAUGGGAGAGCAGAAUUACAACAGUAUCGCGGACAUGGAAAACUACAAUAGUAACUUACAAGGAUUAGAGUGCAAAGUUUCUAAUGAUAUGGACAUAAACAGUCUGCCCAUUCUUUUUUUUGACAGCUUAUGUGAAGAGGUUACAAUCAGUACUGGAACAACUGCUGAUGAUAAUACUAUUAAGGAGAAUAAAGUAAAAAUAAUAUCAAAUGAACUAGUGAAUGACGGCCAGUACAACAAAAAAUACAAAUUACCAAUUAUAAAGAAGAGCAAGACUGUACUAACGGUAAAAGAUCUCAUUAAAUUGCCAAAGGAAAAACACACAAAUAAUUACUAUAAUGAUAGUGACGAAAUAUUAAAAGUUUUAGAAGAGGAUGAUGAUGACCUGGGACUCCUAGGUUUAAGUACCCAGUUUACCCACUAA